AUGAAUGCGACGUCCGUUGCAUCAUCGAGCCAAAUGUUUUCCCCAUUUAGCCAGAAGACGCAAGGCUCGUCGCAGGCUUUCAAUCCUUUCGGACCCCGGCAGACCGGCGAAGGAGCAUCAUUUGGCCCUGAUGGUGCAGGCGGCUCUACUGCAUUGAAGAAUAAUAAACGAAAGCCUGGAUUUGCCACGGACAGCGAUACUGAGAGAAAACCGAAGGCCAGCAACCCGUUCAAAGGCAAAGACGGGAGCCUGAGCGACAGCGGAAAGCAAUGGAAGAAACGGGGCGAAAACGCAGACAAGAAGGCGGCCGAUCUCAAGAAGAACACCAAGAAGCCGCGCAGUGAUUCCAAGGGGCUGCGGCCGCCGAAAACAAACCACCGCGGCAACCGUGCGCAACCUGCCACGAGUGCUGAAGAAGACAACACGUCACGUCCGAGUUCGUCUUCUAGUGCAAGCUCUGUCGACGAGACGCCCGAGGCUGCAUCAAUGCGCACUGCCGACCCGUUCGCAAAGAAAGUAUACGAUCGACUCCGAAAAGAUGGCAUUAGUCCUCCGUCUUGGCCGUCCCAGCCAGGGGACCCCAUAAACAAGGCCGAGAUGGCCAAGUUUAGGGACAAGUACGAGGAGUAUCGCAAGAAAGUGCGCGCGUCUCUAACAAAAGCCUCCCUAAUCGACGAUCCGGAUAAACGAAAAACUCUCCAGAAUGCUAUCGACUUUCGAGGAAUCUGCGAAGACAUGUGCCCCGAAUAUGAGAAGAUCACACGAAUCACCGAGGCCGACGUUCCCCAGCAUGAAAAGGAUACAAGGACCGGCUUUGCAAAGACAAGUAGGAUGGUGAAGAAGUUGGCGCGUUCAGCCGCCGGACAAGAAGCUCCUCUUCCCAUGGAUGUUCGCUCUACAGCAGCUCUGCGACGAACUAUGGACUACCUGAUCGACGACUUGCUUCAAGACGACGAGAACUUACCGACUUUGCACGGCUUUUUAUGGGAUCGAACACGUGCUAUUCGACGAGAUUUUACGUUUUUCUCAUCUCCCACAGUCGACGACCUAAAAACCCAAACUUAUGUGCUAGAGAAUAUUGCCAGAUUCCAUGUUACGGCCCUCCAUCUUUUGUCACAGCCGGGAAAAGCUGGUGAAGAUUUUGUGGAACAGCAGGAGCUCGAACAGCUUGGCAAAGCUUUGCUUUCACUCCGGGAUCUCUACGACGAUUGCAAUGCCCAGGGAAUUGCAUGUGAAAACGAGGCCGAAUUCCGCGCGUACUAUCUCCUCUUCCAUGCCCACGAUUCAAAUACCAUCGAGAUGCUACAACGACAGUGGAAGCCUCAUUUCUGGAGAGAUUCAGAUGACAUUAGGACCGCAGUGUCACUCGUUGAGGCCUUGCAAAAUACAGAUGACUUUCAUGGCCCGUUAAGAGCAGCCCCAUCCCUGGCUGCGAGUAAUGCUUUCCAUUCAUUCUUCCGAAUCGUGGAGGAUCCUAGUGUAUCAUAUACCAUGGCUUGUUUUGCUGAGUGCCAUUUCCCCCAACUUCGCCGAUCGAUUCUGCGUGCCGUAAAGCGAGCACUGGCCAGGCCCAAGGAUCCAUCAAACGAUUUGACAGCUGCCUCUUUGAAUAAGUUCCUUCGGUUCGACACAGUUGAAGAAGCUAUCGACUUUGCGAAACUUCAUGGCAUCGACGUGGUCCCAGAUCCACAGGCCACUAUGGAUGUUGCACAACAGCGUCUGGUCUUGAAUAAUAGAGAACCCCUAUUACACCCCCGCCUAACCCAUCAGUUUUCGCAAAAUCUUGUGGAAAAGAAGAGAGGAAGUCGGCCAUUACCGGAUGUUAUCCAUACAACAAUCUCCGAGGACUCGGCUGCAUCUUCACAAUCACGGCCUGGCAGCUUCUUGCAGAAUGAAGGAUCUCUUUUCAUACAAGAUUCAGCACCAAUCCACUCUGUUCCACCUGCCUUACCUGCCUUCUCUACCAAUAACGCACCCGCGACAACUAAUCCUUUUGCACCCUCUGUUGCGCCAAGUAAUGCGUUAGAGAGACCUGCGGCACCAUCACCACCACCAUUUGGAGCAAGUGCGGCUAUUAAUCCAUUUGCACAAGCAACAACAGCGCCUUCUAUGAAUUUUCAGGACUCUCAGAACAAACCAUCAUCUCAGCCGCAAGUUCAGCCAUCUGGCUUCUUUCCAUCCUCUUCACCUACAGCUGUGAAUGGAGUUACCCCUACCCCAAAGAUAUCAUUUAGUGCGCUUGGGGAGUCAAAACCUGCCUUGUCAGGGCCCUUUGCUUCUAACGCUCAGCCAUCUGAAGGCGACAAAUUAUCUAUGUUUCCUACAGCUACAGUUGCCGCCCAUGGAAGUUCAAGUCAACCUAAGCCCAGCGUAUUUGAUUCUCCAACGCCGGCGCCUGCUCCGUCAAGUACAAACAAACCAGCGGCAUCUACAAGUGUGCCGGGAUUUCCAGCGUUCUCUUCUUUGGCUGGAACAAGCAGCAGCAUAUUGCCCUCUGCUUUAAAUUCAAAGCCAUCGAUAACUGCGCAAGAGCCACCCAAGCCAGCAAUCAACUUUACGCCACUGUCACACCCCCAAAUGGGUGGAAGCUCGAGCAUUUCAUCACCAAAUCUCCUUGGCAAUCAAGGAGUCACAGGAGGGGCGUUGAGCUCACCAUUUUCUGGUUCUGUAUUAGGAUCAGAGAACAAGAAGGCUGCUGAGCCACCCAUCCAGUUACAACCAGGCACUUCGCAGCCAUCUUCAUCUGCCUUCCCCGAGUUCAAAUCCCCAACAACUCCUCACUUUGGAGACUCUGCCCAAAGCACUACCCCUACUACAACGCCCCCCGUUUUCUUCUCAAAGCCUGCCCUACCCCCUGCCCCUCCUCCGGCACUUGCGGGCCCUCCACGAGAUCCGCUAGACGACUUGACGAAGUGGUUUGUGAAUGGAGAUAAGGGACUGAUGAAUGAAUUCGAGGCUUUCAUGGUGGAAAGUAUCGUCCGGGAUGUAUUCGACAAGUUCCAGAGGGAUGAGGAAGAAAGGAUACGAAGAGAGAAAGAGGAGCAGGACAAUGCGGAAGCUAAGAGAUUCCGGAUAUAUAACCUUUCCUUGAAAUAUUUUUACCGGUGGAAAAAGAAUGCCCGCGAGAAACGUCUAAGGCAACUUCGCCGAAGCGGACGCGAGCAAUUCCGAGCAUUUCGCGAAGCUCAGAGAGCAGCGCAGAUCAGAGAAGAGCAACAAACUGCUCAACGAAUUGCUACUCAAAAAGCCGAGUUGGCCACUCUCAAUCGCCCAGAUGAGCUAGCAGCUAUAAUACGGAAUAACCAACGAAACAAGAGGAAAGCAGAGGAAGCUCUCCUUGCAUCUGGUGUUUUAUCUGGUGUCACAAACGAACGAAGAGCCGUUGCAGCGAUUUUCCGCAACGAAUAUAGACGGCUAUCACCUACUCCAUCAAUUAACGGGAGCCAAGGAUUGCGGUCUCGUUCUGGGUCGGUUGCUGGGUCCGCGAUGAGCAUCGAAGGUGGCUCAAAAACACGAGCUUUGCGCGAGAAGCUUAUGGGAGAAAGGCCGGGUCGAUUUCAUCGUGCCCUACCUUCUAUAUCAGGCGAUAGCUCUCCGCCAGAGAAAUCACGAACUAGCAAAGUAUCUGAGCGCUGGCGGUUGAAGGCCAUGGGUAUUGUGCAGAUGCCUGAUGGGACUGCCUUACCAGAGUCCAUGGCGGAGGAAAUUCGUCGCGGUUUGAAGAAGGAUACGAGCAGCAGGGCAAGUUCAUUAAUUCGACGAGCAUCAAUAACUAGCGCGGCGUCCAUGCGGCCGCAAAGUCCUCUAGCCUUCAAAUCUCUCGGCGACCGUAACUUCUCGGAGAACGCGCUUACUAUUAACAAUAAAAGAAAGCGAUCUAUGGAGAUUGAAGACGAGGUAGCCAAAGAGGGCAUCGUGGAUGCAGACCCACACAAACGCGUCAUGAGUGAUGCCGAUAUUCUAUUACAAGAACUUAGAGCGAUGCGUCAAGAGAUGGAGGAGGGCACGACGUGGUUCAAAUCACAAAACGGGAGGUUACAAAGCGAGAUAUUGAGCAGAGGAGGAACGCCAAUGGAUGAAAGCGGUAUAUGA